UUAACUUUUUUUAAUAAUAAAUAAUAUCACUCUCUUUGCAAACUGUCUGUCCAGUUAAGCUUCACAAUGAGAGAAGUUGAACUUUUGGCAAAUCAAGAUUCUGGUGAUAUACAAACUCCAAAAGUUGACAUUAAAUCAGAUACAGAAUCAGCAAAAAAGAAUGCUUCAUUUUCGGGCUUAUUUUACGCAGCUGAUAAAUGGGAUUUCUUCUUAAUGUUAUUUGGAAGCAUUGGAGCUUGUAUUCAUGGUGCCGCGCUUCCGGUUUUCUUUGUUUUGUUUGGCAGAAUGAUUGAUACUUUGGGUCAUUUGUCUUCACAUCCACAUAGAUUAUAUUCUGAAGUUUCUAAGAAUUCUCUGUAUUUGGUGUAUCUUGGACUGGUUGUUUUUGUAUCAUCAUGGAUUGGUGUUGCAUGCUGGAUGCAGACAGGAGAAAGACAAACAGCACGUCUACGUUUCAAAUAUCUUCAAUCUGUGUUGAGAAAGGAUAUUAAGUUUUUUGACACUGUAGCUAAGGAUAGAAAUCUACUCUUUCACAUUUCUAGUGAUGCUAUACUUGUGCAAGACGCGUUAGGCGACAAGAUAGGUCAUGGUUUACGGUAUCUUUCCCAGUUUUUUGUUGGGUUUGUGGUGGGAUUUACUUCAGUUUGGCAGCUCACACUUCUAACCUUGGCCAUUGUCCCACUCAUUGCUUUCGCCGGAGGAGCAUACACAAUGAUCAUGUCUACCUUAUCUGAAAAAAGUGAGGCUGCAUAUGCCGAAUCUGGGAAGAUUGCAGAGGAGAAUAUAUCACAAGUUCGUACUGUAUAUUCGUUUGUGGGUGAAGAGAAAGCAAUUGAAUUAUACUCUAGAUCACUUCAAAAUGCACUGAAACUUGGGAAGAAGAGUGGAUUUGCUAAAGGAGUCGGCAUCGGCUUCACAUAUUCACUCUUGUUUUGUGCUUGGGCGUUACUACUUUGGUACGCCGGCAUACUUGUUCGACACCAUGACACAAAUGGUGGCAAAGCAUUCACAACAAUCAUCAAUGUCAUCUUUAGUGGAUUUGCUCUUGGUCAGGCUGCACCAAAUCUUGCAGCCAUUGCUAAAGGUAAGGCUGCUGCUGGAAACAUUGUAAGCAUGAUUAAAGAGGAUGUUGACCCCUCUAGAAAGUCAAAUUCAGGGAUGGCCUUCUCAAAAGUGGAUGGAAGCAUUGAGUUUCGUGACGUGUGUUUUGCUUAUCCAUCAAGACCAAAUAUGGUAUUUGAAGAUUUGAGCUUUUCUGCUGGUGUUGGGAAAAAAAUUGCACUUGUCGGUCCUAGUGGUUCGGGAAAAAGCACCAUCAUUUCUUUGAUACAACGGUUCUAUGACCCCACUUCAGGGCAAAUAUUGUUGGAUGGCCAUGAUAUAAAGACUCUCCAGUUAAGUUGGUUAAGAGGGCUCAUGGGCUUGGUUAGUCAGGAACCAGCAUUAUUUGCCACAACUAUAGCCGAAAACAUUCUUUAUGGUAAACCUGAUGCAGACAUGGACCACGUAAUGCAAGUUGCCAAAGCUGCAAACGCGCACUCGUUCAUUCAAGGAUUACCAAAUGGUUACGACACUCAAGUAGGAGAAGGGGGAACCCAACUUUCAGGAGGCCAAAAACAAAGAAUAGCAAUUGCACGGGCUACACUUAGAAACCCAAAGAUUUUACUGCUAGAUGAAGCAACAAGUGCUCUCGAUUCUGAAUCAGAACUCAUUGUCCAACAGUCGUUAAACACGGUUAUGUCAAAUAGGACCACAAUUGUUGUGGCUCACAGAUUAUCCACAGUUAGAGAUGUUGACACCAUUAUUGUUUUGAAAAAUGGUCAAGUGGUCGAAAAGGGUACCCAUAUAACAUUAAUCUCUAAAGGUGGGGAGUAUGCAAAUCUAGUAAAUCUACAAGCAUUAGAACACACCAGUACAAAAGGUCAAACCAGUGUUAGUCAACAUUCUUAUUAUCAAGAGUUUGACCCAUUAGCCACAAAAACAGUGAAUGCAGAUGACGGAAAUGACUCUUUAUCAAGAUCUUCCAAGAACGCGCCAUCAAUUUGGGAUCUUGUGAAACUGAAUCAGCCAGAGUGGCCUUAUGCAUUGGCAGGGUCUUUGGGUGCAAUUCUAGCAGGAAUGCAAGCUCCUUUAUUUGCUCUUGGGAUCACAUAUAUUUUGACUGCCUUCUAUUCUCAUGAUAAUUCUAAAAUUAGAGAUGAUGUUCGAUGUGCAUCACUUAUAUUUGUUGGAGCUGGGAUUGUAACAAUACCGAUAUAUAUGUUGCAACAUUAUUUCUAUACAUUGAUGGGAGAACGUCUUACUACCAGGGUCCGUUUAUCCAUGUUCUCAGCUAUGCUUACAAAUGAAAUUGGCUGGUUUGAUUUGGAUGAAAACUCCACUGGUUCACUUAUGUCAAAACUGGCUGCGGAUGCCACGUUAGUAAGAAGUGCCUUGGCUGAUCGUCUAUCGACAAUUGUACAGAACAUUGCCCUCACUGUGACUGCAUUUGUGAUCUCUUUUAUAUUGAGCUGGAGAAUAGCAUUAGUCAUUGUUUCCACGUUUCCUCUUUUAAUUGGGGCUUCCAUAACUGAGCAACUUUUUCUAAAGGGAUUUGGUGGAGAUUAUACAACUGCAUAUUCUCGAGCUACAUCUAUGGCCCGUGAAGCCAUAGCUAACAUCCGAACUGUUGCUGCAUUUGGUGCAGAAGAUAAAGUGUCACAUCAAUUCUCUAUUGAACUCAACCGGCCAGGAAAACAAGCCUGUCUACGUGGUCAUAUAUCAGGUUUUGGGUACGGUUGUUCCCAACUCCUUGCUUUCUGCUCAUACGCUUUGGGUCUUUGGUAUGCAUCAAUAUUAAUUAAACACAAAACUUCCAAUUUCGGUGACAUUAUUAAAUCCUUCAUGGUUUUGGUAGUCACCGCUUUAUCGAUAGCUGAAACGCUCGCUCUGGCACCAGAUAUUGUGAAGGGAACACAAGCACUGGGCUCAGUUUUCGAGAUUCUAAAUCGUAAAUCAGCCAUCAUUCCCAACCAUCCAGAUUCCCUGUCAGUAGAUCGUAUCAAAGGAGACGUAAAGUUUAGAAAUGUGACUUUUGCAUACCCUACAAGACCGUAUAUUCAUGUUUUAAAUGAUUUGAAUUUGGAUAUAUUGCCCGGAAAGAGUAUGGCCAUAGUCGGGCCAAGUGGGUCAGGGAAAAGCACCAUUAUCGGGCUAGUAUUGAGAUUUUACGACCCUGUUAGUGGUACGGUUUGUGUUGAUGAUUUAGACGUGAAAAAGUUGAAUUUGAAGUCGUUAAGACGAAGGAUUGGAUUAGUACAACAAGAACCAUCAUUAUUCUCGACAACUAUAUAUGACAAUAUAAAGUAUGGGAACGAAGAGGCAUCAGAAAUCGAGAUAAUAAAUGCUGCGAAACUUGCAAACGCUCACGAGUUCAUUUCUAGAAUGCCAGAAGGUUACAAGACGGAAGUUGGUAAUAAAGGUAUUCAGUUAUCUGGUGGUCAAAAGCAAAGGGUCGCGAUAGCUAGAGCCAUUUUAAAAGACCCUUCUAUCCUUCUUUUGGAUGAAGCAACAAGUGCUCUGGACACAGCCUCUGAGAGGCUGGUCCAAGAAGCACUUGAUAAGUUAAUGGAAGGAAGAACUUCCGUUUUGGUAGCACACCGGCUGUCAACUAUACGUAACGCGGAUAGUAUCGCAGUGUUGCAAAACGGAAAGGUGGUCGAGAGUGGGUCCCACGAUGCGCUUGUCAGGAUGCCGGGGAGUGUAUAUGCACAUUUGGUUGAUCUUCAGCAAGAAAAAAGCACACAGGUUGAGGGUCAGUAGUAGUAGUGGUAUAUAUGUAGGAAAUAAUAUUUUCAUUUUUAAUACAUCAUUAUGAAUGA